AUGCUGCGGCCCUACCACCCAGAAGUGCCUAAAGACCCAAGGACGCUAUUGCAAACGCCUCGGACCUGCAUUAGCAAGCCCCUGAACAAAGGCAACUAUGUUCAUUUAGGUCUUGAACGUGGUCUGCUGGAUCAACUGCACAGUCUGCCCGAAACAAGCGUUCCUGAAAUGCGCAUCCAACUGCAUAUCGACGAAAUGAAGAUAUUCAAGUGUUCUAGUCAAGGCCUGUGGCCGAUUCUUGCCCGUGUUCGCCAUCCAGUUUUUGGUCAGCCCUUCAUUGUUGGAGUGUUCUCCGGUCCCGGCAAACCCGAUCCGUUGGAUGACUUCCUGGGCGACUGUGUUGGCGAGCUGAAAGACCUCCUGGCCAGUGGUCUGCGCAUUCCACAUACGCAAAAUAGCGUAAAGGUGAUCUUAGACAAUGUUAUCUGCGACACCCCUGCCCGAUGUUUUGUGCGGCAAGUUAAAGCUCACAAUGGCUAUUACGGGUGUGACAGAUAUGUUGUUUCGUACCUUUAACUAUAACCACCGCAGGUGUUCCCAUAUGGGCAAACGUAUUGCAAACCGCAUGACGUUUCCAGUAUGCAGUGGCCGUCUGUGUGACGACAGGUCAUUCAGGUUGCGAAGACAGGAACCACACCACAAGGGCAGGUCUCCGUUUGAGGAUUUGCCCGUCGAUAUGGUGACCUCCUUCCCACUCCACUAUAUGCACCUGGUUUGCCUGGGCGUCAUGCGGAAGUUACUGCAUAUUUGGCGUCUGGGCUCCAGCAGGCACUCGGACUCAUUGAAUGAGUCUAUUAAGAUGUGCAGCCAAAAUUUGCCAGCCGAGUUUUCGCGUAAAUGCAGAACACUCGAUUGUCUAGAGUUUUGGAAGGCUGCCGAAUACAGGCAAUUCCUACUGUACAUAGGCCCCGUCGUUUUGUCCUCCGCCUUAAGCGAAGCCCGGUACCAACACUUUUUACAGUUUUCCCUCGCAGUGCACAUAUUUUGCCAUCCCAUAUUGCAUAUAUCUUGCGGAGAAUACGGCCGACUUCUGUUAAAUCGCUUUGUUGUUAAUUUCCCCACCUUGUAUAGUCCCUCCGAUAUUAUUUACAAUGUCCAUUGUCUGCUUCACCUGUAUGACGAUGUGUCUCGGUUUGGAGUGUUGGAUAAUUUCUCGGAAUUUCCUUUCGAGUCCUUUUUACAAAGUGUCCGCAGCAGUAUAAAAGGGCCUACUAACGUAGCCGCGCAGGUUUUCAAGCGCUUUUCUGAAAGACGCUUGCCUGAGUUACCAACAUGCCCAAUGCUGUUAGACGACGACGAGGGAGUAGCACGGGCAUUUAAACUGCCUCGCGGAUCCACCGCAAUUUUCCAUAGGGACUUUGUUUUGUCAAAUAAACAGCCCGAUAAUGUGGUACUUAUCGAAAAAAGACCGUGCCUGCUGACAUUAGUGUCGGAUACCGGCAUAACGUACCGCCCGUUCCUUGACUGUGAGGACCUUUUUACAACAGCCCUUCCCUCAUCCUCCUUGUAUAUGUUUAAAGUCUCCCGUUUGUCAGACAGUCCUUCAACUGCUGCCCUCUCAGACAUCAUUUGUAAGUAUGUUCCCUUUGAUAUUGACGGUCGUUUUUUUCUAAAUCCGUUACUGCACACUGUUCAUGCGCGGUGACUCUUGUUUACAUUGUUCAUUUGAUAUAAAUUUCCCUGUAGAUGUAUUCGGUUGUCGAAUUCAUAAAUGACAAGACUGUGGCCGUGGUGGCUGCAGCCUGGUUUUACGACGUGGGCAGCGUUAUGUGGUCUAAGACUCACAAAGAGCGGGCCGUCCUGCUGAAAAAUAACAGGCGGCCACCAGACGGCACCAAGGUGUACGCUGUUCGGCUUCUAAAAAGUAACCUGACACUGCUGAAGGCCAGACAGCUGGUCCGGAAAGCAGAGCUAUCGGACAAUCUUUCUAGCUCUGAGCCGGGCGAAUUAGGCAGAGGGAUGAGGAGAAAGUACAUGUCCCAUUCUGUUAAUAUUUCUUUGCAGGUAUGUCCGCAGACAGACGUCGGAUUCAGACGAUGAUGACGAACCACUUUAUCGUCGGAGACAGCUACUUGGUUGGCCAACACCACCACGAAUAUUACAGUAAGCAUAAUUAUCGUUAAUUAUUCGUACGCCAAGAACGGACGAACAGAUGCCCCACGUGUUCUCUCAGUCGAGUCACCCUACGCCAUCGACUUCAUAUCGGUAACUGCCUGUUAUUAAUUAUUACCGAAGGCUGUCUAGGGAAAUGCCGGCACCUGCGCCAGUGCCUGCUACCGAACCUGCAUGUAGCCAUCAGGCGCAGAGUGACACGAAUGACGUAAACUUUCUGUUAGCGUUCCUCGAGUAAGACUAUUGACAAUCUCAUUGACAAUCUAUUAGAAACAAAGUCGAUUUCCUGGCCGAGUAAAUGGUCGCCCUCAACAACAGUGUGCGGCAACUGCAGGCAACAAUGACUGAUGCUGUCAGUGCACCAUAACGUGUGACCUUUCUACCGGACAUGAACGUCCCUUUGUCCCUGCAACUUUACGACGACGAGUGUUCAACGCUCUUCACAAUCUAUCCCACCCUGGAGUCCGGGCGACAGUGAAACUCAUCACUGACCGAUUCGUCUGGCCCAACAUCAACCGGGAUGUACGGCGUUGGACCCGCUCCUGUCUACCAUGUCAACGAGCCAAAACGCAUCGGCAUACUAUUACUCCGCCAGGAACUUUCGCCACCCCUGAUGCACGCUUCAGUCAUGUGCAUAUUGACCUGGUAGGUCCGCUGUCACCAUCUAACGGUUCUACCUAUAUGUUGACAUGUAUUGAUCGCUUUACUCGGUGGCCGGUUGCUGCGCCCAUUCCGAACAUCAGAGCUGAAACCGUUGCGAAAGCUUUCUGGACUCAUUGGGUGUCCAAUUUUGGAGUUCCUGCGACUGUCACCACUGACCGCGGAUCCCAAUUCGAGUCCACGCUGUUUCGCGAACUAACAUCCCUUCUCGGUACCAACCGAAUCCGAACAACAGCGUACCACCCUCAAGCAAAUGGUCUCGUCGAACGCUUCCAUCGACAGCUCAAGACUUCCCUUAUGGCCCAGCCUGAUCCUUCCCGAUGGUCUGAUCACCUUCCCCUGGUGCUGCUGUCUCUCCGUUCCACUCUCAAGGCCGACAUCGGUUGCACUGCAGCUGAUCUUGUCUACGGAACCUCCCUACGACUGCCCGGUGAGUUAGUUUCUCCUUCAAACACGCUAACGUUUUUUGAACCUUGCAGUUAUGUGGAGCGACGACGUAGUGCCAUGCGCAAUCUCCGCGCAACGCCCCCUCGAGCGUCACCGGCCAAUUCCUUCAUCCCACCCGACCUGGAUAAGUGCGAUUUCGUCUGGGUUCUGCAUGACGCUGUCCGACGACCACUCCAACCACCCUAUGACGGGCCGUAUAAAGUCCUUCGCCGAUCUGACAAAGAUGUUGUCAUCGACCGCAACGGCAAGACCGACACAGUCAGCAUUGAUCGCGUCAAGCCGGCCUACAUCGACGACAGUGACCAUUCCUCACCUCAACAACGCACCCCGCCCCAGACAGUGCGGCCUCCUCCACCUACUGGCGACAGCCCGCCUCCGGUUCGCCGCAAACGAUCUGGUCGCCACGUCCACUGGCCCGACAGGUUUGUGGCUGGCUAG